AUGGGAAACUCUCAGAGCGCGCACAAGAUCUCAGCGCAGGAUAGGGCGAUUCUGGACAUGAAAAACCAGCGCGACAAGCUCCGGCAAUACCAAAAACGCAUCACGGUGAUAACGACGCGGGAGACCGAAAUCGCUCGCGAAUGCCUUGCUAAUGGCGACAAAUCGAAAGCCCUACUCGCGCUACGACGGAAGAAGUACCAAGAAUCGCUCCUCUCGAAGACGGACGCGCAGCUGGAACAACUGGAGAAAUUGACGAGUAGCGUGGAGUUCGCUCUGGUGCAGAAGGAUGUGGUCUUUGGUCUGCAGCAGGGGACGCAGGUGUUGAAAGUGAUACACAAAGAGAUGGGCGGGCUGGAGGGUGUGGAAAAGAUGAUGGGUGAGACAGAAGAAGCAAGGCGCUAUCAACAGGAAAUCAGCGAGGCGUUGACCGGUCAGAUGUCGAAUGAAGACGAGGAUGAAGUUGAGGAUGAGUUGGAGGCCAUGGAGAGAGAGGUCUCUGGGGUUAGUGCCCUCCCCGACGCGCCAAAUAGGACGGUUGUCGGCGAGAGCACCCUGCCUGAGGCGCCCAAAACGGAACUUGAAUUAGAUCAACAGAGGAUGCAGAAACGGAAAGAAAGGGCGAGACAGAGAAGAGUGGCGUUAGAAGCUGCUUGA